CAAUCAAUUAUCAAACACAGACUGCAACAACAAAGCGAGAUAACUCGGAAGCGACUGACUAAUCGGGUGAUUGUGUUUGGAAAUGGCCUUUACCUUGAAAGCCGUGAAGGUACCGCCGAACUCGGCUUCCCUGGAGGAGGCCAGGAUCCGGAUGUUCGAUUUCUUCAAAUCGGCGUGCAGAUCCAUACCUAGUGUAAUGGAAAUCUAUAACCUUCACGAUGUCGUUACCCCCUCCCAGCUCCGCUCCAGCAUCGCCUCCCAGAUCCGCAGGAACUCUAACGUAACCAAUCCCAAGGUGAUUGAUAUGCUGCUUUUCAAGGGACUGGAAGAACUGAACAACAUUACGGAGCAUGCAAAACAAAGGCAUCACAUAAUUGGACAGUAUGUACUGGGUCGCCAAGAUCUUGUGCAGGAUUUGGAUACCAAAGAUGAAAAAUCGUCAGGAUUUCUUAGGAAAUUCUAUGAGAGCAACUACUUUUGAGCUUACUUGUUUUGGGCAUCCCUUUCAAGCUGUUUGCUAUGGUCUUGGACUUUGGAAAUAAAGAAUUAGCUGGAAACUGUUCCAUAUUUUUUACUGCUGCAAUACCUCCUUUCACCGUUGUUUACUGUACUUGUGUUGGAACCUAGUAACCAUCCCUGUGAAGUUGGGGUUUGUUCUCAUAAAUCAAGUAAUGGAUGUGCUAAGCCUUAAAGUUGGGUUUAAAACUGGUCAUUUUCCGUGCUUUGAGAUUGCAAGUAGAUGGAUGUGCUGUACCUUUGAGUGGG